UUGGUUUUGGAAUUUUUUUUUUUUUUUGAGACACGAUCUCGCUGUAUAGUCCGGGCUGGCCUUGAACUCACUUAUGUAGUCUAGGCUGGUCUGAAACUCACGGCAAUUCCAUUGCCUUGGCCUCCCCAAUGCUGGGAUCACAGGCAUGCGCCCCACACCCCGCUUCGCUCAGGUAAUUGGAGCCACAGGUAGUACUGGAGCCUUCGAUCGCUCACAAAGUCCCCACGAAGUGGCUCUUGCCAACUUCAGACAUAAAACCCGUCUGACAAAUAAAUUAGCGUUAUCCCAUGUUUCAGAUGAGUUAACCAAGAAGUGACUAGUGCUAAGCUCUCGGAAUCCGCGGAGCCCGCGCUGCGCCGCCCUCGAGCGGCCGCUCCCGGGCCUGGGCCCCGAGGUUCGGUGUCCUGAAAGGUGGGCCGGGUGUCGCCCUGCCACGCAGCCGCAGAGCCUCUGUCUCGCCGGCGGGCGGUAGGGAAGGAAGCGACGCCCCCUGGAACGCCGCAGGAACCCCGCCCGGCCCGCCUCUCCGCCCGCGGAGCCGUCCCGGCCCCAGAAGUGAUGAAAGCCGCAGCCGAGUCCAGAUCACGCUGAAAGCCGUUGCCCUUUUAAGGGGGAGCCUUGAAACAGAGCCCGGGUUCCAUGUUUGCAUCCGCCUCGCGGGGAGGAAACUCCAUGUUGUAACAAAGUUUCCUCCGCGCCCCCUCCCUCCCCCUCCCCCUUAGAACCUGGCUCCCCUCCCCUCUGAAGCUCGCGGGGAUCCCUCCCUCCCACCCCUCCCCUCCCCCCCGCGCCCCGAUUCCGGCCCGAGCCGGGGGGGAGGCCGGGCUCCGGGGCCAGAGUCCGGCCGGAGGGGAGCGCGCCCGGCCCCAUGGACAGCUCGGCCGUCAUUACUCAGAUAAGCAAGGAGGAGGCACGGGGCCCGCUGCGGGGCAAAGGUGACCAGAAGUCAGCCGCUUCCCAGAAGCCCCGGAGCCGGGGCAUCCUCCACUCGCUUUUCUGCUGUGUCUGCCGUGAAGAUGGGGAGGCCCUGCCUGCCCACAGUGGGGCACCCCUGCUGGUGGAGGAGAACGGUGCCAUCCCCAAGACCCCAGUGCAGUACCUGCUCCCUGAGGCCAAAGCCCAGGACUCAGACAAGAUCUGUGUGGUCAUCGACCUGGAUGAGACUCUGGUGCACAGCUCCUUCAAGCCGGUGAACAAUGCCGACUUCAUCAUUCCGGUGGAGAUUGAUGGGGUGAUCCACCAGGUCUACGUGCUGAAGCGGCCCCACGUGGACGAGUUCCUGCAGCGAAUGGGUGAGCUCUUCGAGUGUGUGCUGUUCACCGCCAGCCUGGCCAAGUAUGCAGACCCAGUAGCUGACCUGCUGGACAAGUGGGGAGCCUUCCGAGCCCGGCUGUUCCGAGAGUCCUGUGUCUUCCACCGGGGGAACUACGUGAAGGACCUGAGUCGGCUGGGCCGAGACCUCCGGCGGGUGCUCAUCCUGGACAACUCACCGGCCUCCUAUGUCUUCCACCCAGACAAUGCUGUUCCUGUGGCCUCGUGGUUUGAUAACAUGAGUGACACUGAACUGCACGACCUCCUCCCCUUCUUCGAGCAACUUAGCCGAGUGGACGACGUGUACUCAGUGCUUAGGCAGCCUCGGCCUGGGAGCUAGUGAGGCGCCACGGGGCCAGGACCUGCCCCUGGCCAAGGCUGGCACUUCCUGCCACGCAGACUGUGGGUACUUGCCUGUCCUCUUCCUUAAGAGAACCUGCGGGCUGCACCGUGUUCACGGCCCUGGGGAAGCAGGCAUCUCCCCUGUCAGCCCCACCAGGCUGCACCAAGGACAAUGAGCCCCUGGGCCAGAGUCAGUGCCUUCAAACCUCCUCUCCCCAUUCAGGGGGUCUGGGGGCCUGCCUGCUGCUCCCCCUUUCUGUCUUUUCUCCAUGCUGCCAUGUUUCUCUGCUGCCAAAUCAGGCCCCUUAGCCCUACCUAACUCUGCUUCAGGGGUGGAGGCAGGGUUUCUGACCCCACCCCGGGAACAGUGGACACCAAGUGCCUUGCAUAGACUCUCUUCCCAUCAGCUUUCCCAGGGACAGGGACACAGCCAUCAUCCUGCCGGCUCCUGUGGGAACAGCACAGAUGGCUACACUCUAGGCUGGUGCAGGCAGAACCAGUCUCUACCCUGCCCACCUUCUGCCUGGGGACUGAUAGAGUGACCAGCAGUUUCUGGGGUAGCAGCCCACUUCUCCAAGGCUGACCAGCUGCUCCCCACAUCACCCAACCCUGGACCCCCUACUUCUGCCUUAACUACCCCAAGGUCUUGGCAGCUUGGUUCCCCAAGUUCCAAGUACAGGGGUCAUAGGUAGGAUUCCCCUUGCGGUGCCAUAUAAAUAUGUAUAUGUGUAUAUAGAUUUUUAAAGGAAGGAGAGGGAAGGGUUGGGGUAGACACACCCUUCCCUCACCCCUUUCCUGGGCCCAGAAAUUGGGGGGAGGGAGGGAAAGGAUUUUUACAUUUUUUUAAACUGCUUUUUUCUGAAUGGAACAAGCUAGGCCAAGGGGGCUCAGGCACUGUCCUCUGUCCCUCACACCCCCUUUGCUCCGUUCAUUCAAAAAUACUCUUUGAGCACCUUCCAUGCCCAGCAGUGUGCUAGGUCCACCAGCUAAGUGGGGGGACUCCAUCCCUAAUUGGUGCCUUUCCCCACCCACUCUAGGAUUCACAGGUGCCUUCAAGGUAUCUGCAGGAGGUGGGACCUUGGGUUUGGGGGCUCUCCAUGAAACCUGGCCAAGCUGUCCCCCUCCCCUGUGCCAACCUACUCCCUGCAGCCUCCUCUGACCCCCUACUGGCUGGAGGGCCCCUCCCCACAGGACUUCUUGCCUUACAACUUUAACUUGUUUCUGACCCCCGCCCCCACACCAGUGGAGUCCGGAGAUCAAACCCUUGGGUUCUCCCCAGGGUCUAAAAGUUAAGGGGACCCACAAACCAGUGCCAAGGGAGUUGGUGAGGGAAAGAGGAUACUGGCGACCUGCGUUGGGUGUCCCUCCCGUUUAAGUGCCUUCUCUGACAGCAGUGUGAUAAAGAGAAAGCCAGGCCCCCCA